GGAGAUUUCUCUUUGCCAAUGUCAGUGGUCACCGGUACAUGUAAUGCGACCGGGUUUGCACAACUAUAGCGUGUUAUUUUAGAAUUUAUUUAUAUUGAUAUAACAUCUCAAAACAAACAAUAUAAUCGUUGUAAGACACUGAAGUAUACGCUGCUGUAGCUAAAUACGUAGCUAUAUUUGGCGCAAUCAUGAGGACGAUAUUGGUGCUGGCAUCAUUGGUUGCGCUGGUAUGUGCAGAAUCUACAGUGUAUUUCAGGGAGCAGUUCGAAGACGGGGAUGCGUGGGAGACCAGGUGGCUGGAAUCAAAGCACAAGUCGGACUAUGGAAAGUUUGUUCUGUCAGCGGGGAAAUUUUACGGAGAUGCGGAAAAAGACAAAGGUCUUCAGACCAACCAGGACGCCCGUUUUUACUCUUCCUCGGCGCGGUUUGAGGCCUUCAGUAACGCGGGAAAGCCGCUGGUGGUGCAGUUCACCGUGAAGCACGAGCAGACCAUCGACUGCGGCGGCGGCUACGUCAAGCUCUUCCCCUCCGACCUCAACCAGGAGGACAUGCACGGGGAUUCGCACUACAACAUCAUGUUCGGUCCUGAUAUCUGUGGCCCCGGAACCAAGAAGGUGCACGUGAUCCUGAGUUACGCGGGGAAGAACCACCUGAUCAACAAAGAUAUUCGAUGCAAGGAUGACGAGUACAGUCACCUGUACACGCUGAUCAUCAACCCUGACAACACCUACGAGGUGAAGAUCGACAACAAGAAGGUGGAGUCGGGGAGUCUGGAGGAGGACUGGGACAUCCUGCCCCCCAAAAAGAUCAAGGACCCCGACGCCAAGAAGCCUGAGGACUGGGACGAGCGGGAGAAGGUGGACGACCCCGAUGACAAGAAGCCAGAGGACUGGGACAAACCAGAGCACAUCCCUGACCCUGACGCCAAGAAGCCGGAGGACUGGGACGAUGAGAUGGAUGGAGAGUGGGAGCCCCCGGUGAUCACAAACCCAGAAUACAAGGGCGAAUGGAAGCCCAGGCAGAUCGACAACCCCAACUUCAAGGGGAAGUGGGUUCACCCCGAAAUCGACAACCCCGAGUACAAGGCAGACUCGGAGAUAUACAAGUACGACGACAUCGGAGUCAUCGGCCUGGACCUGUGGCAGGUGAAGUCUGGCACCAUCUUUGACAACUUCCUGAUAACCAACGACCCAAAGCUUGCUGAGGAGGUGGGGAACGAGACCUGGGGCUUAACCAAGGACCCAGAGAAGAAAAUGAAGGAAAGUCAGGAGGAAGAGGAGAGGAAGAAACGCGAGGAGGAAGAUAAGGCCAUGAAGGAAGAGACGAAGGACGAGGAGGAGGAAGACGAAGACGAGGAUGAGGAAGAGAAGGAAGAAGAGGACGAAGAGGAGGAGGAGGAAGAGGAAGAAACGGACUCUAACCUGAAGGACGAGCUUUAAACGCAGACGGGGGAAAGAGGCGCCCUGUUUGUCCGUGGGCUAUUGGGGGGGUGAGGGGGAGGGAGGGAGGGAGGGGGGGGGUUGAGGGAAGGUAACGGUCUGCACUGUAGGCUGAUUUUACAGGCCAGGCUGGCCUUUACGCAUUGGGAGCGUGCAGCUGACACACACACCUGAGUUGGCUGCAUUUAUUUUAUUUCAUUUAUUUAUUUUUGGUCCCCCAUUAAAUAAAAGUUUUUUUUUUUUAAAUUGCCGUCGAGCCGACAAAAACAAAGCCCAGGUAAGCAUGACUGAGCCGCCAGUGUCUGGGGUCAAAGGUCGGGGGUGGGGGGGGGGGGGGGCGGCGGGGCCUGAAUUUCGGCGGGGGCCAGUCGACGUCUCUCAUCGCUGUUCGUGGGGAAAGUCGCAGCGUUUCUCCCUGGUAGUGUCGUUUCUUUUUUUUUUUUUUUUUCUUGAUUUUUCUUCCCUUUCUAGAGAGGGUUUAAAUCUCGGGUGUAACCUCAGUCUGAAUUAUGUAGGGGUCGCCAUGUAGUCCGUUUUUAUUUAAAGCUCUGGCCUCGUCAUCUUAUACCUCACAGAUCACUGUAGCAGUUCACACUACGGCCCUGCUGAUCGUCUCCGUGGUGAUCUCCCAGGAUGCCCCGCGGUUCUGUAAAGCCACCCUUGCACCCCCGUUCCCCAGUUUUAAAUUCAAUGAAAUGGAAUUCCAGAGUAAAAAGAUAAUGGGAGGGGAUGGGGGGUGGGGGGGGAAGAUAAUUUCCCCAGAUCCAUGUUGUGUCUGUUAGUCACCGCAGUUCCAGAACAGUGACUGUAGCAGGGGCUAGUGGAGACACCUGUGUUACCUGUAAGUCCAGGUAACACUUGAUUUUCUUUGAGAAUUUGGGGAGGGGUGAGGUCAAAGGUCACCCCCCUGCCUCACUGGUUACCUGAAAGCCCUGAUCUGCCCGUACCCUCACCAACCCCCAGGCCUUUCACCCAAACAGGAAGUGGAGGCCUUUCACCCAAACAGGAUGUGGACCGUGGCUGGAAGUGGUGUCCCAUUUUGUCAGCGAUCCUGAAUGAGUGUGUAGAUUGUUCGUUUUGUCUGUCCUGUUUGUCCUGUUCAUAAACUUCUAAUUCCAAUGUGACUUUGCACUGCUGUACAUUAAAAUGGAGGCGUUUUCCAACCAGAUUUAAGAUGAGUGUUUUUGUUAUUUUGUUUGUUUUAUUUUUAUUUUUUUUUCCCAUCCCCAGACUUUUUUUAUUUGUAUUCGUUUUGAUAUUUUUUUGUAUUUUGUAUUGUUUUUGCGGGAAUGGUGUGCCCGUUGCAGGACAGUAGGAACAGUAAUAUGAAUAAAACUAACACUGGGGUACUCUCCUUGUUUUCGUUUUUAA